AUGCCUCGCAUCCUACGGCAGCUGCCGCUGCUCCGCAGCAGCAGCAAAGAGGAGCGCGGCGCGCCGCUAGAGCGCCCGAAGACCGCCCUUCCUUCCGCCAUCCCCGCGUGCUCUUCCGUCGGCCCUGCGCCGAGUCACGUGUCUUCCCUCCUCGAGCGCAAGACGUCGCUCCCCUCAUUCCUCCCGCGCAAGUCUUCUGUGGAGCAGCCGCGCAAAUCUCUCGCGGAGCAGCGCCCGGCGGAGCGCCCGCUCCGCGAGGGUACCCCCGCGCUGCGCCCCAAGUCCCCGCAUCACCUGGAGUGGGUGCGCCAGCUGUCGCUCUGGCAGGGCGCUCAGGCGCAGCAGGGGGAAGCGCAGGCGCAAGCGCGCGGCGACGCGGAAGGACGGCCCGCGGCCCAGGGGGCGGAAGUUCCGCGGAACGGACAGCUGAACGCGUCGCAGGGGAAGGCACGCGGAGAAGCGCAUGGAUCCGCGCAGGAUGCACGGAAAGGGGGAGCGCGGAAGGACGAUGCGCGGACGGGGCACGUGUCUCGGCGGAAACAGUUUGUGAAGCGGAUAACGAGCCGGACCGCGGAUGCCUACUGUCUCCCUGAGGCGCCACUUCAAGACGUGUGGGAGGCAGCGGAGGCGGGAAGAUUAGCUGUUUGGGUGGAUCAGACGGACGGUGGAGAUGAAAAAGGGAUAGAAUCGGACGGUCGGGAUGCGCUGCAGCAGAAUGGAUUUGUUGCGGGGAUGGAGGGUCAGUCGCAACAGGCGUGUCAAUUUUCUGUUACUGUCUCCGUUAAUGGUGUUUCCAAUCUCUCUGGUGCUGACGUGGCUGCUAACCUGGCAGCUGCUGAGCUGGCAGCAGCAGAAGGUGACACGUCAGCAGCAUCCGACCUGUCACCGGCAGAUGCAGUGGCAGCAGGGAUAGUCGCCUCCGCGUUUUUCACCCGGAAGUCCCACACCAUGCGGAACCGCAUGGUACCACUCACCACCAUGGCAGUUACCACUCCCAGGGCACCUGGCACUGCUGCUGCUGUGGCCACUCCGGGGCGGAAGGGCGGCAGGGGGAAGGGGAGGCGCGGGGGGCGCCCGCCGACUCCGUCUACAGGGGCUGCGGCUGUGGUCAGGGGCGGUAGAUCUGGUGCAGGUGCAGGGAUAAGCCCGGGGGGAGGUAGAGCUGGUGCAGGUGCAGGGAUAAGCCCGGGGGGAGGUCCGGGGGGAGGUAGAGCUGGUGCAGGUGCAGGGAUAAGCCCGGGUGGAGGUCCGGGGGGAGGUAGAUCUUGCGCAGGUGCUGCAGGGAUAAGCCCAGGGGGAGGUAGAGCUGGUGCAGGGAGUUCCAGGAGGCAGCCUGCUGACGUGGUGAGUCCAGGGGGGGUAGCAACGCAGGGGGAGUUGCAGGAGCCGUCCUUUGAGAUGCCUAUUCAACACCACCCACCGGAGGUGCUAUUUAUUGAACAGCCAGCGCCAAGGUCACAGGCGGUAGAAUCUAUGGUGAGAAUGGCGGAACGCGCGCAGGUGUUACCUGGGGGAGGCGCAACUGGGAGGGCGCAGGUGUUAUCUCUGGAAGUGCCGUCCCCCGGGCCUUCCCCUGGGCCCAGCUGUGGGAUGGACUGGGAGGGGAUGGAGAUUGGGGAGGGGGAAGGGGCGGAGGAGGGAGAGGAAGAGAUUGGGGAGGAGGGGAUAACGGAAGGUAAGUAUAGCUUCAGUUGGGAGAGAGGAGAGUUUAGGGAGGAGGGGUGGGGUGGUGAGGAGGGGGGGGUGGAGGGGUCGGGGGAAUGGAGGGAGGAAGGGUGGGAAGGAUGGAGGAGGGAGAAGGGGGUGGGCAGAGGGGGGGAAGAAGAGGAAGGAGAGGAUGAGGAGGAAGAAGAAGAGGGGGAGCAGGGGGAGGAAGGAGAGGAGGAGGACGAUGCGGAGUUCUGCUCGCCUACGUGGCGCGAGUGGCAUGCCUCGGCGUUUCUCGAAGAGGGGGAGUUGGGGGAAGGCAUCGGGGUGGGGGAAGACAUGGGGUUGGGGGAGGGCGGAGGAGCGAGAGAGGCCGACGGGGCGAGGCAGUGUGGUGCACAAGGGGACGGACGGCAAGGGGAUGCAGGCGAGGACGAGUAUUACAUCGCCUUCUCACAGGUUCUCACUCCGUUCUCCCUUGCGCUCUUCUCCCAGUCUGUUCGUCUGUCUUCGCCCUUACCUCCACGCUUUUCGCCCCCCCUCCACCACUACUCCCUUUUCGCCCCCCCCUCCACCACUACUCCCUUUUCGCCCCCCCUCCACCACUACUCCCUUUUCGCCCCCCCUCCACCACUACUCCCUUUUCGCCCCCCCUCCACCACUACUCCCUUUUCGCCCCCCCUCCACCACUACUCCCUUUUCGCCCCCCCUCCACCACUACUCCCUUUUCGCCCCCCCUCCACCACUACUCCCUUUUCGCCCCCCCUCCACCACUACUCCCUUUUCGCCCCCCCUCCACCACUACUCCCUUUUCCCCCUACCUUCCCCUCCCCUCCGGAGCACCCCCUGCGUUCAGGCCCCUAUUUGUCGUGUCUUUUGAGUCGACUCAAAAGUCACUACGUUCCCCUCCCUUCCGGGACAUCCCCUGCAAUCAGGCCCCUAUUCGUUGAAAGCAGCGCUUCCUCCUUUCCCUCUCCCCUCCCAAAUCGCCCCCUUUUCCCCCACUUCCCCCCUUCCCUCUCCCCCUCCCCCCUUCCCUCUCCCCCUCCCCCCUUCCCUCUCCCCCUCCCCCCAUCCCUCUUCCCCGCCCCCCUUCCCCUCCCUUUUUCCCCUUCCCCCUUCCCUUCCCCCUUUCCCCUCCACCUUUCCUCUCCCCACUUCCCCUCCUCCUUUCCGAUUCCCACCCUUCCCCUUCCCGCUCCCCGCUCGUCCUACCUAACCAUCCCCUGCAGGCCCCUAUCCGCUGGGAGUAGCGCGUCCCCCAUCCCAAACCAUAGGCGCGAUUUUUCUUACAUCCAAUAG